AUGCCUGCCUUCAUGGUCACCCUCAAGGACUCCGCUCCCAAGGAGGAGCUCGACAAGGCAAAGCAGCACGUCACCGACCAGGGCGGCAAGAUCACCAACGAGUUCACUCUUAUCAAGGGCUUCAGCGCCGAGAUCCCCGACGACGUGGUCACCACCCUCUCAUCCAACGAGCACGUCAACGUCGAGGCGGACGGAGAGGUGAAGACACAAUAG